AUGGUACAACGAUUAACUGCACUGCUCUCCUUGGGAGCCAUGAUAAUGACGAAUGUCCAUGCCGAUAAUAUGGAUGUCGCUUCCCGAGAAUUGACCCGACACACCACUGGAAACGCUCCCGAAGAGUUGAACGUGAACGCAAAAGACACAUUUAACCCGAAUUUCAUGAAGGAUAUGUUUUCUUCUUGCCGCCCUGAGAAGGAUGGAUACUUUGGAUCUACCUAUGGUGAACCAGUCAGAUUGACCUAUGGGUUCCGCAUCGAAACCAAGCCCCUUUCUUCCAUUGUCGACAUGAUUGAUUUGGUCGAAGACAGAAUUGUCGAUAACGUCCUUUCCCAAUCAUUUCCCAACCUUUGUGGUUUCGGUGGACGCAGACUAAACAAAGGUCGUGCUUCUGGAUUCCGAUUCUUGAAACUUGUCGGAAAAGACGAAUGUAGCCCAACCGUUAGUGGAUUCGAUUUCUGCGCAGUCUUCUCUGGUCAAGUCAAUCUUUAUGGUGCCAACAGUGCCCAAGCCAGUGCCAACGUCUACGAAAUGAUCCGAGAAGCUUUGACACCCGAGGAGGCAUCAAUGAUUCACACUGAUAUUGUUGCCAUUAGAAUUGACGACGGACAAUUCGGCCUCACUGGAAACAUUGAUGGCGAAGAAGAUAGCAAUGCCAACACCAUUGGAUACAUUUGCUUUGGAAUUGCGGCAGUCAUCUUUGGAAUCAUCUUCUACUGGAAGUGCAUUUACAACAAGAAGGAAAUGGACACUGGAACCAACAACCGCGGUCUCUACAAUGGUGAUAACAUCAUGCCUAGCUACGAUGACGAUGUAUCGGAGUUUGGAAAGUUAAAUACUGGUUCGUACGAGCGACCGAUUGCCGUUGGAUUCUCGGAUGCCGGAAGUGUGUACUCGGACUACAAGGACGAGUACCAAAUGGAAGACCCUGACAUUAUCUAA